AAACUCAAAAUAUAUAGUCAGAAACUUAUAUUGGCAUCGUAGCCAUAGAGAUUGUGGAACCCGAUUUGGCCAAAUUAGAUGUUAAUAUUACUUAGACACAAUGCCGAUAGACAGGCUCCGUCCGUUGCCGGUGGAGAAGCUCCUGAGCUUCCGAAGGAAUCCCGAUCUGCUGCAGCAACAUCGACAGCAGACCGAUGAAAUGGAGGCCAUACCGAAGUUCUUGCCCUCCCGACUUCUCCCGGACGACGAAGAUGCCAAGGGUGCACGUCGCAGGAUGGCGGAUAACGAUGAGGAUGCCCUUCGGCUGCCUCCUCCACGAAGAUCCCCGGUCUCGAUGAGGAAUCUCCAGCGGGAGUUGUACUCGCCCAACCAGUGUAUGAAUGCCCUCAAAGUCAUGGCGGCCGUGCUAACCAUUUGCUUGGUGUUCACCACGAUACCACUAUUACGCCGUCAAACUAUGCAGGAGAAUGAUAAUCUUAGGAUGAUCCUUCUGUGGAAUGAGCCAAGCCAAGUAGAGGCACCUGCGCACAUGGAGUGUGGCUGCCUGGUCACCACCAGCCGGAUUCACAAUGACAAAGCCUUCGAUGCAGUGGUCAUCAGUGCUGAUCAUCCCUACUCCUUCGAGGGUCUGGGUGGAGUCAAGCUCCAUCCCGAUUUCUAUGUGGUUUAUGCCGCCAAGAAGCCGCUGAGUUCGACGCAGAAUCCAUUGACCAAUUUCACGUUGCCCCCCUUCAAUUUGACCAUGACUUACCGCCUGGACUCCCAGCUGAUCUGGACGGACUACUACUUCUCCCAUACGAAUCUGGCCAGGAGGCUCAAGUGGUUCCGGGCUCCCAGCAAGAGUUUUGCAGAUGACAUGCCAGCCUCCACGGUUCUUCGUCUGGAGGCCGAGUUAUUGAAAAAGUCGCGACUGGCUGUGUACUUGGUCUACGAGGUGAAUGAGGAGACUCUGCCGGAGAGCCUCUACAUGGAGGAGCUGCGCAAGUACGCCGAGCUCGACGCCCAUGAUAACUGCCUGGGCACCGAUGACUGCAGUCACUACCACUUCAUGCUGAUCUUCGAACCGUCGGCCUGUCCGGACUAUGUGCCGCCGCAAAUGUCCAUGGCCAUGGACAAACUCCUGGUGCCCGUCCUGAUCGGAGGAGGAAACCUAACCAAUCUGGUGCCCAGCCACUCGUACAUUAGCAGCCAGGACUUUGCCACGCCGCAGGACUUGAUCCUUCACCUCAAGGACCUGGCAAACAAUCCGCUGGAGUACAGGCGCUACUUCUGGUGGCACUCCAUCUACAGGCUGCGCAAGACCUCGCAGCCCUACUGCGCCCUCUGCUCCCUCAUCCAACAGGCUCCAGGGGGGCACGAGGUGCGCCAGAGAGCCUACAGCUCGGGGUUCAUCAACUGGUGGACCAAAUACCAGUGCCCCAAUCGAUCCACCACCUUCCUCUGAGUCCCCGAGCGAUCCCCAAUUAUAAUUACCAGCGAUCGCAAAUUGCCCUCGUUCGGUGUGGUUCCGUUUA